GGUACCGCAGGUGGUGCUCGAGGGUGUCGAGAGUCGCAGGAAGUGUUGCGCUGCCACUGUUCAGAAAUGCGUCUCCGCGCUGCCUGGCGCCGAGGCCUCGCGGCGGCGCGUGUGCGGCGACUCCGCAGCCGGGGGAGUACGUCCCGUGCCCCGGUGGCUGCCUCGCGGCACGCGUCGUCGUCGGCGGCGGCGCCGCGGCGGGAGCUCUCGCGCCACUUCCUGGUCUGCGCCGUGCCCAUGGUCGGCUUCGGUCUCAUGGACAACACGAUCAUGAUCCACGCGGGCAACUUGAUCGACUGCACGCUAGGCGUCACGUUCGGCCUGUCCACGCUGUCCGCGGCGGUACGUUUCUCGAGCGUUUUGAAUAAAACUCCAACCCUGAUCUUACCCCGGAACGGAUCGUAGGCGUGCGGCCAAAUCUGCAGCGACUCGGCCGGCGUCGUGUUCGGCGGCGCGCUCGACGGCCUCGCGAAGCGGCUGGGGCUCCGGCCCGCGCAGCUCACGGCCGCGCAGCGCGCGCAGCCGGCGACGCGGCGCGUCGGCCUCCUCGGCGCGCUCGCGGGCGUCGUCGCGGGCUGCUCGCUGGGCCUCCUCAACCUGUUCCUCGUCGAUACGCGGCAGAGCUCGGACCUCAAGGCGAGGCACUUCGCCGAGGCCGGCGCGGCCGACCGCCACGCGUUCCAGAUCGAGGCCGACAACGCGGCGGCGAGCGACGCGACGACGCUCGUCGUCGAAGGGCCGGACCUCCCGGGGCUCCUGGCCUCGCUGUCCGCGGCGCUGAGCGCGUCGGGCGUCCACCUGGUCGAGGCCUCGGUCCGGGCCGGCGACGUCCAGGGCUCGGUGCGCGACGUCUUCGUCGUCCGCGGCCGCGACGGAGGCCAGGUCGACGACGACUCGCUCGACGACCUCGCGCGCGCGCUCCUGCUCGCGGCGCGGGACCCGCUCCGCGCGCACCACAUCAAGGCGCAAAACGCCGCGCUCCAGCACAAGCUCAUGCACCUCGAGGCCGAGGUCGCGAAGCUCGAGGGCGCCCUCGACGCGGCGUGCAUCCGGACGCGGACCCAGGACUCGGUACGCGAGCACAAGCGGCGGUCGACGAUGCCUGCGCGGUGGAAGGGGGGCUAGUGGUGGCUAGGUUGGCACUUACCUGUUAAUUACCCG